GAGAGCAAAAGGGAUUUCAGCCUCGGCAUUAACUUGCCAGGGGAGCCGGGGAUUGCACAAAGCUUCCCCGGCCAUCUGCCCUUGGGGGCCGGCCCCGCAGCGGCUGGAGGGGGGAGCGUGGGGGGGUUCCCCCCGGCCCCGAAGUUCAGCGCUCCACGGGGAGCCCCGCACAGCUCCGAGCUCCCCCCCCCGGCUACGGAAUCGAACUCCUCCCGGUACGGACCCGAGCUCUCCGAUACAGCCUGUUAAUGAACUCUCCCUCUGCCCUGACCAUGAACGAGGGAGGAGACCUCAGGUAGCAGCAUGACUUGCAGCUGAAGGCUCAGGGAACUUGAUGCUCAGUUGCCAAAAGGCCAAGUUCAAGAGAAGUCCUUGCCUGCCAGUGCCUCACUGCUGCUGCAAGCCCCAGAGGGAGAAUCAGUGCUGCUCCUGCCCACCCACACGGACAUUGACACAACCAUCCACUGGGAGAAAGGAAUUCUAGCUCCAAAGAGUGUCUCUGUCAGAGUUGUACUGAUGAGCAGAAGCUAUCUUUAUGUUACAUAUUAAUGGUCAAAAGCCGCAAUAAUUAUUUAAGGCAAACCACAGCUUAAGGCACUUUCCACAGCGAUACAUUUGAGGCAGACAAGAAGGUGCAGGAAAACCUGAUCCAGCACCAUCCCACAGCCUCUGCAAUUCACUCCUAUCAAAUUUCAUCAGCAACUCAGAACUUGAUCUUUCUAUUGAUUGACUGGAGUCACCUCUAGAUAUUUUCAUGCUGAUUUGGAAGCCCUGUCAUACGAUAAAAGAGGGAAAAAUGAGGUUAAGGAAGACUUCUGACCGCUGAUCAGCAGCUCCAGCCAAAACUUGCCCAAUCAAGCGAUUUGCAAAGUUGGCUUCUGUGCCAAGAGAAACUUUCCACAUCCAAAGACAACGUGCAGUGUCGGAUCAUUCCUGUUACCAUCUGGAUCUCCUUCUACUGGAUCAUUUUUAGAUGAGGAGUUUCCAUGCUGAUCCUGAGAGCAACCCCUAGCCCAGUCGCUGCCUUCCUCGGGACUCUCGGCACUGCCCUCGCCCAGGGGUCCCGCACGUGGCCGCAGCUGCCAUGCUCUACCUGCUUGCUUUCCUCUUGCACUAUCUCCCUGUGGCAAUGGGACAGUAUGACAUUUGCAAGUCCUGGGUGACCACGGAUGAUGGCCCCUCGUGGGAGUUUUAUGCUUGUCAACCCAAGGCCAUGCGGAUGAAGGAUUACGUGACCGUACGGGUGGAUCCGGCAGGAAUCACUUGUGGGGACCCACCAGAGAGAUUCUGCACCCACGAGAACCCCUACCUGUGCAGCGACGAGUGCGAUGCCUCCAACCCAGACCUGGCCCACCCACCCAAACUCAUGUUUGACAACGAGGACGAAGGGCUGGCCACGUACUGGCAGAGUGUGACGUGGCGCCGGUACCCGGAGCCGCUGCUGGCCAACAUCACCCUGUCCUGGAACAAGAGCAUCGAGCUGACAGAUGACAUCGUGAUAACCUUCGAGUACGGCCGCCCUACCAUCAUGAUGCUGGAGAAGUCGCUGGACAACGGGAGGACUUGGCACCCCUACCAGUAUUAUGCAGAUGACUGCAUGGAGGCCUUCAGCAUGCCAGCAAGGAGGGUCCGGGACCUCUCCACCACCAGUGCCAACAGGGUGCUCUGCACUGAGGAGUAUUCCCGCUGGGCGGGCUCCAAAAAAGAGAAGAACGUCCGGUUUGAGGUGAGGGAUCGCUUUGCCAUCUUUGCUGGCCCUGACCUCAAGAACACAGACAACUUGUACACCCGGCUGGAGAGUGCCAAGGGGCUCAAAGACUUCUUCACCAUCACUGACCUGAGGAUGAGACUGCUGAGACCGGCCCUGGGGGGCACCUAUGUGCAGAGGGAGAACCUGUACAAAUACUUCUAUGCUGUCUCCAACAUUGAAGUCACUGGCAGGUGUAAAUGCAACCUCCACGCCAACCUGUGCACCUUCAAGGAGGGCAGCCUGCAGUGUGAGUGUGAGCACAACACCACGGGGCAGGACUGUGGCAAGUGCAAGAAGAACUUUCGCUCCAGGUCCUGGCGAGCAGGAUCCUACCUGCCCCUCCCCAAUGGCUCCCCCAAUGCCUGUGCAGCUGCAGGCUCGGCCUUUGGCAACUGUGAGUGCUACGGACACUCCAACCGCUGCAGCUACAUCGAUUUCCUGAACGUGGUGACCUGUGUGAGCUGCAAGCACAACACGAGGGGUCAGCACUGCCAGCACUGCCGCCUCGGCUUCUACCGCAACAGCUCUGCCGAGCUGGAUGAUGAGAACGUCUGCAUAGAAUGUAACUGCAACCAGAUCGGCUCCAUGCACGACCGCUGCAAUGAGACGGGCUACUGCGAGUGCAGGGAGGGAGCCACGGGGCCCAAGUGUGAUGACUGCUUGCCCAACUACUACUGGAGACAGGGCUGCUUCCCCAAUGUCUGUGAUGAUGAGCUCCUGCUCUGCCAGAACGGUGGCACCUGCUACCAGAACCAGCGCUGCAUCUGCCCCGUGGGCUUCAAGGGCAUCCUCUGCGAGCAGUCCCGGUGUGAAGCUGACAAAAAGGACUGUGAUGGUGUCCCCAGCCUGCACAGCAGCCUCAGCACCCUCCUCCUCGGGGUGCUCACCCUCCAGCUGUGUGGCUGGGUGGACCUCUGAGGGCCCAGAGGAGGGAGCUCAGCCACGUCACCUGGGGGGCCCUGGGGACACAGAGGCAGCAGGAGGCUCUCCCCCAAAUCCUCUGCCUGCCUUCAGCCUCGGACUUUCACAGCAUCUCCUGGGACACUUUCCAAGCAGAGAGGAACGCAGAAAAAUCCAGGGAUGACUUCUUGCCCACUAACCCCUCCUGGCAGCAGCUGUGAGGGACUGCACCAACCUGUGCCGGGGCCACCAUCCACACGGGGACGUGGGGCAAAUCCCCCCCCGCCCCCCACAGGGACUCUGCUUCCCUGCUCUGCACAGGGGGAUGUGGGGACUGGGCCACUGGGGCCCUGCUGAAAUAGUGCCGUGAUCCAAGGGGUAUUUUUUUUAUUCUUACUUUAUUUACUUUGGUAUAGGCUGGGGCGUUCUUUUUAUUUUAUCCUCUUCUUAGUGUCCUGUUUCAAAAGGAGCUUUCCAUAACAGCUCCAGAGUCCUGUGAAACACAACAGGGGAAGGGAAGGGGAGGGAGGGAACAGGGGACUCUGGUCCAUUCCUGCUGCAUAGUCCCAUGUCCCACCAUCAGCCUCCUGGCCACGCACAUACUGUUGCCUACAACUCCAGUUGCUGCAUUGAUUUUUGUAUUUCCAUUGCUGGGUUUUGUUUUCUUGCACUUCCAGAGAGUGCAGGGGCCACCAGGCACAUGGUACCUGAGGAGUGCAGUGUCUUAUCCACACGUGUCCAUAGAGGGUAUGGUUCAGAUACUUUUUUUUUUUUCCAUAGAGACUUAUUUUUGUUUGGGUUAAAUGUUAUAAAAGAACCACGACUUAAAGGGACAUUUUGCCAUGAGCAUUUGAUUCUGGUGUAUCCUCCUCCAGUAAAGCAACUACCAAUUGCUGCUUGAUCACCACGUUUUCCUUUUUGUGUGCACAGUUAAUUACAGGUAAAGACUUAUUUUU